CUCCUCGUUAGAUAAUCAUAAUUCAAAAUGGCUUUACAAGACGUUGUUACUCGUGAAUACACCAUCAACUUGCACAAGAGAGUAUGUAGAGAAUACUGAGAGAGAAAAGUUUAGUGAUUGAUAGUGAAGAUAGUCAUAUGGAAGGAGGCAUCGACCAAGAAAGAAGAUUAAGGGAUUGAAAGAGAAACAGGGCAUCAAGCAUUUCCAAGACAUCAAGAUUUCCAAGCACCAAAGAGCCCACCACACAUGCCGAGUCCGUCUCCUAUGUUGACCCACUUACUAUCAAUGCCUAGCCCUAACCCACCAGGUUUUACUGGCACAAUACUAACAUUCUAGUUGCACGGUGUCCACUUCAAGAAGAGAGCCCCAAAGGCCGUCAAGGAGAUCAAGAAAUUCGCCACUUUGCACAUGGGUACCAGCGAUGUCAGAUUAGACCCAAAGUUAAACGUCCAAUUGUGGUCCAGAGGUGUCCAAGGUGUCCAAUACAGAUUGAGAUUGAGAAUCUCUAGAAAGAGAAACGACGAAGAAAACGCCAAGGAAAAGUUGUUCGCCUUCGUUGAACCAGUCACCGUUCCAACCACCAAGGGUUUGCACACUGUUGUUGUUGAAGACGAAGCUUAAAUUUAACUUCGUUCAUCUCAUAAAUAGUUUGUAUAAUAUGAUACACAUAAUCCGUUACAGUUUGUAGAGAGGAAGAGCCUUGACGGCCGAGAGCCCUUAAAGGGGUCAGAUAACACCCUGUGAUGGCUCUAGAUUUGACAGAAGUGCUAGCCUAGAUUGUACCAGACACAGCUCGAAUGGUUCUAUCUGGAAUGUGUAUGGGUCUACGUGUGUUGAUUACAAGUUUAGUUUUAGUUGAGCGCAAUGGUU